CCAACUUUCAGUUGACUCUCUCUCCCGUUAAUUAACUUAAUCACCAUUUUAGCCUCCCCGGCCCCUUCUCUUCUCCACAAUCUCCCUCUCUUCUUCGCACCACCAAAACCCUAAAUUUAACUGAAACUUCAUCUUCUCUCCUUCUCCCUCUUCCCCUCAUUUCACUCCUAAUUCAACCACUAGUGGACUGAUACAACUUGGGUUCGAAAUGUACAAGAACCAGCUGCAAGAGCUGGCGCAGAGGAGCUGCUUCAAUCUCCCCUCCUACACGUGCAUUCGGGAAGGUCCCGACCACGCUCCUAGAUUUAAAUCUACUGUUAACUUUAACGGCGAGAUCUUCGAGAGUCCUCACUACUGUCCUACUCUCCGGCAAGCCGAACACUCCGCCGCCGAAGUCGCUCUCAACUCACUCUCCAACAGUGGGCCCUCCCCCUCCCUCGCCGCUAGGAUACUGGAUGAGACAGGGGUUUACAAGAACCUCUUGCAGGAAAUUGCACAAAGAGUUGGAGCACCAUUGCCACAAUACACAACAAUUAGAUCAGGCCUUGUACACCAACCUGUUUUUACAGGCAUGGUAGAAUUGGCUGGGAUAACAUUUAUGGGAGAACCUGCCAAGAACAAAAAGCAAGCAGAGAAGAAUGCUGCUAUGGCAGCUUGGACAUCCCUAAAACAAUUGGCUAAAGAGACCGCAAGUUCUUCAACUGAGCCAGAGAACAAUGAAGAACAGAGUACGAUAGCACAAGCCUUAAUGAAUUACCGGCUGAAGGAAAAGAUGGCCAUGGCAAACUCCACUGAUGCUCCCAUACCCUUUACAAAGAAAUUUCCUGUUCACAGCCCUAGACCAACAAGUCCACAACCCCCACCUUCUACCACAUCGAAAAUCCUACCUUUAAUUUGCCCUAAGGCAGCUUCUCGACACAGACCAACAUCCACAACGAUAAAUGAUAAAUCUGUGCUGCCAUUACAUCCAUCAGCUACAGAUGGCCGAGGGACUCGACCUCAAAGAUUCCCUGCAGCAGGAGCAGCUCCUUAUGUUCCCAUCCGGCAAUAUAGGACCUGUCAUGGUAUAGCUCCACCAGUAAGAGUACGAACUGCAGUGCCUUGUUUCUCUGCACCGCCACUUCCGCCACCAUCUGUGCUUCCUCGUCAAGUGAUGCGAGCCCCACCUGUACGAAUUGCUCCACCAGUCACUAUCAGGCAUGCUGUGCCUGUAUGUGCUACUCCACCAGUUUGUAAAGAGGAUUCUCUGACUUCUCAAAAAGAAGAUCAUCCAAAUACAAUUGCUUCAACCAAUCAUAAAGAAGAUCCUCUAAACAUUAUUGCUUUUGCCAUUCAAAAGGAAGAUCAUCCAAACACAAUUGCACCUCCCAUUCUGAAAGAAGAUCCUUCAACCAUCAGUGCUUCUGCUGUGCUAGAUGGAACAUCAUGUCAAGCGGAGAAAAGAGAAAGCAUAAUCCUGAAAAGUCUUGAAGAAUCUGAAGCAGUGCAAAGCUUGGGACAACUUAAAAUUUGAUAGCUUCUAGGGAUGAACAAUAGGAAAACAGUUAAGGGUUUUCUGUUUGGCUUAAGUUUGUUUUGUGAUCUUCUCUCAUCUUAUCAUAUGAGUGUCUUAUCUUUCUUCCCAAA